AUGUCUUAUAUAUCUGUGAUUACAUGGUUUUCAGAUAAUAUGAAGUUAAUAAGUGAAGUGUUGUGUGUUUUUAUUUUGUCACUGGUACAUUUAUGCUCAUCAAACCAAUCGACAGGCCAUUAUUUCAAAAUAUACCGCAGAGAUAAACUCAUACAAAAGUUUUACGAACAAAGUGUUAAAAGGUCGAAACUAGAUUGUGCUUUAGUUUGUUCGAGUACGACUGGAUGUUUUGCGUUUGGAUUCAAUAAAAUAAGAAAAGAUUGUUUCCUCUAUGAUCAUUUUCCUGCAGAUUGUGAAAACGUUUCUGAGGACAGUGGUAUGUUACUCUUUAUACCACAAGAAGAAAAUAAAGAAAAUGUAGCCAUGGGAAAGCCAACGGGGAUGUCAACUUUAAAACACAAUAUGCCGUCAUGCAGAGCCGUGGAUGGUGAUUUUACGACCUUUUUUCAUACUCAUAAAGUAACUUUCUCCUGGUGGUGCGUGGAUUUAUUGAAAUAUUAUGAUUUUACAAAGAUCACCAUUUAUAACAGAGACGAUCCAAAUUUUGAACCUGAUAAAAUAAGAAAUUUUGAAAUUGGAUUUCAAAACGAAGGAAGCUGUAACAAUGCAACCUAUCUGACAGCUACUUGGUGUUAUAAAGACGACCAACAAGUUCAAACAAUUUACCAUAUAACCGAGUGUAACAUGUCACCAAUCCAACCUUUUGGUUCCCGCUUCAUCUUUGUCAAGUUACAACAAGUUCCAACAGUACCUUUACAUUUUCGAGAGAUGAUUGUAUCAGUUUCUUAA